AUGCAGAGAGCAUGUGAAAUGGUCGUAUCUUUGUUACGAACUGAUUCCAUGACUCAGAAGUGUCCUUUCCAUGUGCUUAAUGUUCAAAUUCUUGAAUUAUUACAAAAGGAAGGUCUUAUAAGAGGGUUUGCGAUUAAAGGAACAAAAAUAGAUAUACUACUUAAACAUUAUAAAGGAGCUCCUGUUAUAAGAAAUAUUCGUGUUGUUUCUAAACCAAGUAGAGAUAUAUGGCUAACUCCUCAUGAACUUAAAUUUCGCACACGAUUUAACACAGGGCUUUGGGUUAUGCAGACUAGCUGUGGUGUAAUAAGUCAUAGAGAUUGCAUUCGAAUGGGUAUUGGAGGUAAAAUGUUAUUUGCAGUUAAUAAUGGUUAUCAACAUUUUUGUUGA